AUGACUGAAGAUUCUACGAUGCAGAUGACAAAGGUAGGACAUGAGAUGGUGACUGUCCCUCGUUGAUUGUCUAUGCUGUAUGCUGGGGAGCGACCAUUGAAGGAGAUGGCGGCUUCCUUCUCCUUGCCAGAUCUAGCUAGUAGGUUUGAGAUCGGGGGGGGAACAAUCACACUGGUUGGGUGGGUGAAAGCUACCAUGCAGGAAAUGCUGGAGGUAAUUGGGGAAUUGGAGAAGGGGUGCAUUUGUCAGCCUGAUGCUCUUUCUGAUAGGAGCCAGAUGGACGCCUGGAUGAGCCACUGUUACGACAUGUUCGAUUUGGGGUGUGCUCAGGGCGUUGCACAGGUGAAGAGCAUGGGAGGGGAGCUGCCAGAGAGUAUGGUGGUGGAUGGACACUCUCUCCUCGGUCAAUCGCGGUCACCAUCGCCACCGCAGUCCGCGCUUCAUCUCACAAGCAUGACAGCAACAUCAAUAAGUGAUCCGCUAUGGGUUACAGAUUUGCUGAAUGAAAGAGCAGCACCUUCUCCACUAGCAGAUUGUUUGGUAAGGGAGGCACAACUGCUUCUUAGCCAUUCGCCCGUGGAAUCACACAUCAUCAGUUCUACAAGGUCAACAACAAAGGAACUGAGUACUCCCACGUGGAUCUUGGAGUCCGCUGUUAAUGGGGAGCACCAUCAACGGGGGUGUCUAAAACUCAAGUUCAGUGUUCAGCAAUCAUGGACAAUGGGCAUCAAGAAGACAUCUGACGGAUCUGGUGAGAUUUUCAAUCCACAAACCAUGUGGCCAGCUCCUACGGGCAUGGAGAAGGAGAAGACAUCUGGCGUAUCUGGCGAGCCUUGUAAUUCACAGACGCUGACGCCAGCUCUUUUAUGGGCAUCAAGACGACGUCUGGUGGAGCUGAAGCCUGCUCUUAUGGGCAUCAAGAAGACGUCUGGCGGAACUGGUGUACUAUUCAAUUCACAAACGAUGACUCCCGAUGCCAGCUCUUAUGGGCAACGAGAAGACAUCCGAGGGAACUGGGGAGCCUUUUGAUUCACAACCAGCCACGGGUGUGUGGCAGUUGGGGAGGGACGGGUUUUGUAUCAGCGGGUCCUCCUAUCAUUGGCGGUUGGUCAUCUCGAUGCAAUAAGGGUGAGAUGCGGAGUGGACAGGAAAUGGAAUGGUUGAUUGCAUGGGGGGCGCUAACCUUUGAGAUCCUCAUGUCUGGGCAGUGAUUUGAUGUUCGAACAGGGCAGGGUGCACUUCCUUCUUACGACUAAUUCUCGUGAUCCGAUUUGUGUGAUCUUUUGUGUUUUGUAUUCUUUCAGCGGAAUUUUCAAGGUUUUAUUAGGCGCUCUCGCCUGGGUGUUCCUGCGUUGCUUAGAUUUC